CCUGUGACAAUCUCCAGGCAGGACGCCAAUGCACGUGGCGGCCGUUUGCGGACAGGCGUCGAUGGUGGAAGCUCUCUGGGCCAGCGGGGCGAAAGUGAACGCCGAGGACUCUGCAUGCGACACACCCCUCCACAAGGCAGCUUCACAAGGGCAGCGUCCUGCUGUGGUCGCACUGCUGACGCUCGGUGCCUUCGUUCACAAGGAGAACAAGGAAGGAAGGACUGCGAAGGACCUAAUGGGGACCACCUCUGCUCGGGAAUUCUUCUCCAUGGCCAGGGUAUUGACUGCAGUCGGGAAGGAGAGGAAGAAAAAGAUACAGGAGGAACACGAGUAUCAAGUCCGGGAGAUGAACGAGAAGUUUAACGCGAAAGAGACGGAGGCAACCAAUCUGCAGAAGGAGGCCAGAGACCUGAGGGAGAACAUCAGGAAAAAAAAUGAGGAGAUCAGAUUACUACAGGAAAAACACGAGGAGCGAGUAUGGGACAUGAAAAGGACGUAUUAUGCGAAGGAGACGGAGGUGGCCGAUCUGCAGAAGGAGAACAGAAUCUUGAGGGGAAACAUCGAAGAAAAAAAAAAGGAGAUGGGAUUGCUAAAGGAUGAAGUGUGGGACGUGAGCGGAGAAUAUGAAGCGAAGGAGGCUGAGGCAUAUGAUCUGCGGAUGGAAAACAAAGACCUGAAGAAAAAGCUAAUGGAAAAAAGAGAGGAGAUCAGAUCCCAAAAGGACCUGGCAUCCAAGAACGAAGAACUCAAAACGAAAAUCGAUUUGCUUCAAGACAGGGUCGCGUCGCUUGAAUCUUCCCAGAAAGUACAAGUGCAAACGAACCAAUACCUGAGGACGCAGUUGGGAGAGAAGACAGAGGAGCUUGCACAGGCCAAGGCAGAACACACAAAAAUGGAGAAACAUCUCAGAAGAAGGGCAGAGAGGAAACAAGACGAGGCAGACGAGGCAGUCGAAAAGCAAAAUGACCUUCAUGAGAAGCUGAAGAGACGCGACAGAAGGAUCGAGUUCCUGACG